AUGAAAGCUAGCAGCACUCAUGUGGCCUCUCUUUACCUCCUCUCACUAAUUUUAGCACUAUGGCUUAGACCCACAUUUGCCACCAAAAAGUCAUAUGUGGUGUAUUUGGGAGCUCAUUCACAUGGAACACAAGUCACAUCCUCUGAUUAUGAUAGAGUCACACAGUCCCAUUACGACUUUCUUGGAUCAUUCUUGGGAAGCUGUGACAAGGCCAAAGAUGCAAUCUUUUACUCUUACACUCGACACAUCAAUGGAUUCGCAGCGACCCUCGAAGAGAACGAAGCAUUUCAAAUAUCCAAGCACCCGAACGUUGUAUCCGUAUUCUUGAAUCGAGGAAGGAAAUUACACACGACGAGGUCGUGGGAUUUUCUGGGGCUCGAGAAAAAUGGAGAAAUUCGUGCGGGCUCGCUGUGGAAGAAGGCUAGAUUCGGUGAAAACGCCAUUAUUGGCAAUCUCGAUACAGGCGUGUGGCCGGAUUCGAAAAGCUUUAGUGAUGAAGGAUUCGGGCCGAUACCUUCGCAUUGGAAAGGAAUUUGCCAAAAUGAUUUGGACCCCAGCUUUCAUUGCAACAGGAAGCUCAUCGGGGCCCGCUACUUCAACAAGGGCUACAGCUCGAUCGUGGGCCCCCUCAACUCCACCUACCAAACCCCACGUGACACCGAGGGCCACGGUUCACACACCCUGUCGACAGCUGGCGGCAGCUUCGUCCCAGGUGCCAGCGUCUUCGGCUUUGGCAAUGGCACUGCCAAAGGCGGGUCCCCUGGGGCCCGUGUGGCGGCCUACAAGGUCUGCUGGACACCUGUCGGUGGCAAUGAGUGCUUUGAUGCUGACAUACUGGCGGCCUUCGACAUGGCUAUCCAUGAUGGGGUCCACGUGCUCUCUGUCUCCCUAGGUGGCGAGCCCGUCCCGUUUCAUAAUGACAGUGUUGCGAUCGGGUCGUUUCACGCCGUGAGACGGGGGAUAGUGGUUGUUUGCUCGGCUGGAAAUUCGGGGCCCGCCUCAGGUACGGUUUCAAAUCUUGCGCCGUGGCAGAUCACGGUGGGGGCGAGCACGAUGGACCGGCAGUUUCCGAGUUAUGUGGUCCUGGGGAACAAAGUGCAGUUCAAGGGAGAAAGCCUCUCAGCGAAAUCAUUACCAAGAAAGAAGACAUACCCUGUAAUAUCUGCUAGAAAUGCCGCAGCUGCUAAUGCAACAGCUGAACAAGCGGAGCUCUGUAAAGCCGGAACUCUCGACCCUAAUAAGGUGAAAGGGAAAAUCUUGGUGUGCCUAAGGGGAGAAAAUGCCAGGGUGGACAAGGGCGAGCAAGCUGCCUUAGCUGGCGCCGUAGGAAUGGUUUUAGCUAACAAUAAAGCCUCUGGGAACGAGAUCUUAGCCGACCCCCACGUUUUACCGGCUUCACAAAUCAAUUACACAGACGGGCUUGCUCUUUUCUCUUACAUUAGCUCGGCCAGGUCUCCUGUGGCUCGUAUAUCUAAACCCACGACUCAGUUGGGCACGAAGCCGGCUCCUUUCAUGGCGGCUUUUUCCUCCGUAGGACCAAAUACCAUUACACCGGAGAUUCUAAAGCCAGAUAUCACUGCACCAGGAGUGAGCAUCAUAGCUGCAUAUACCGAAGCACAAGGACCCACAAAUCAAGACUUUGACACUCGACGUGUCGAGUUUAAUUCCGUGUCGGGCACCUCAAUGUCAUGCCCGCACGUCUCUGGUAUUGUCGGCCUCUUGAAGACCCUUCACCCAAAUUGGAGCCCUGCUGCCAUUAAGUCAGCCAUCAUGACCACUGCAAGGACACGGGAUAACACAUUAAAACCAGUGGAAACCGCAUCCUACUCGAAAGCUACCCCUUUCAACUACGGAGCAGGGCACAUCCAGCCCAACCGAGCCAUGGACCCAGGGCUCGUGUACGACUUGUCGACAUACGAUUACUUGAGCUUCUUGUGUGCCCUUGGAUACAACCGAACUCAAAUCCAGCUGUUCACUAAAGAACCCUACACAUGUCCACGGCCGAUCAGCCUCCUCAACUUGAACUACCCCUCGAUCACAGUUCCUAACCUCAAUGGCUCGGUUACUGUGAGCAGGAAGGUUAAAAAUGUUGGGCCACCGGGUACUUACAAAGCCCGAAUCCGUAGCCCGCGUGGAGUGUCGGUUAAAAUAGAGCCCGACACGUUGAGGUUCGAAAAAGUUGGGGAGGAAAAAGGGUUCAAGGUUAGAGUAAAUGCUAGAAGGCAAGGUGGUGGUAGCAAGGAUUAUGCUUUUGGGCAGCUGAUUUGGUCUGAUGGUCAUCACUAUGUGAGAAGUCCGAUUGUGGUGAAACAAACAUAG